CAAAUGACGUCAUGCGCGCACAGCUGGUCCCGAUUGCAAUAUGUGAACAUGUAGAAGAAGCAGGAAGACUAUAUCAGUGAUAUCAAAUAUACAGCUCUGUCUUCCGGAGGUAGACGUUCUGUUCAUCACGAUGCGGCGCCUGAACGGGACGGGAUCUGGCUCUGGAAUGGGUCGUCUGCGGUUCCUGUUGAUUGUUUACAGUUACACCUUUCUCCUUUUGCCUGGAGAUUGUCACUUCGUAACAGACUACUUUACACGGACGCCUCGUAAGCUGAACGCGUUCCGGUCCUUCGCCAGCGUGGAGCUGUUCCACUUCAGUGUUCCUGAAGACACUGUGGUGGCUGUAUGGAACCUCAUCACCUUCAAGGAACAGGGAGGAACCUUUGGUGACAGCUGUCCCGACCGCAACGUCACAGUGUACUUCAGAGCAGGAGCCCCUCCCGUCAUCAACCCCCUCCACACGCGAUUCCCACAGGAUACCAUCGUCCCAGGGUCCUUUGCAGUCACUCUCACCUGGACUCUACCAAACCGCACCACAGGGGUGUUCAAUGUGACCUCACCCCUCCCUGGGGACUGGUUCCUGGCUGCACACCUGCCCAAGGAUGAGGGAAAGAUCUCUGUCAAGGGUCUGUAUGAGGAGUGUCAGUAUCUCUUCCAGCCCCAGCUCAUCGUUCAGAGGCUGAUAGGGAUCUCUGUUCUCUAUCCUGGUUACUUCAUAGAACAGAUGGUUCCUGCCCACAACAGAUCUGUGCUCUACAAAGUGUUCAUCCCCAGUUACGUGUCCAGUGUAAAGGUCCAACUGGCUAACUGCAGCACACACCCCAGAGACCAACCAACCAGGGUACAGACGGGAGACACCAGGGGACCGGGAGACAGAGACAGUACUGGAGACAGCUGUUCUGUUGUCUUAAAGAUCCGAGCCAGGGCUCCUCCAGUCCACAACUCAUCAGCUCUGGACUGCAGGGAGUGGUCACCCUGUGAGCUUGACACACCCCUUCCUGCCUGGGAGCACUGGUACUAUAUCCUGGUGGAGCGUUACCUAAGCAACCAGGACGUAUACUUCCGCAUCGGUGUGCAGGUCACAGAUUGCUCCAAAUCCAGCGCCUCUAAGGGUUCCCCCUCUAGCUCCUCUUCUGGCCCCAGCUCUAAUCUCAACCUGCCACAGUCCUUUGGCAGUGCUAUGGGCUUCUCUCUCUCUGAGACGCUCCCCUCCACCCCUGCCGGCCUCCCGGGCCUCCCCAGCCACGCCCAGAACUCCUCCUCUUCGGACCCCGCUGGCUCCCUCCUCGCCCCACAGGACAGUAUAACCCAUAUGGCUCCCAGCUCCGACCCCAACAGGUGCUGGCCCAUCCGGCCCACCCUGAGGAAUGAGCUGGACACCUUCUCUGUCCACUUCUACAUCUUCUUUGGUCCGAACAUCUCUGUUCCUCCGGACAGGGCUGCUGUGUUCUCCAUUAACCUCAUGCCUGUCCUGGACAGUGGAGGAGUCCUCAAUAUGGAACUCAAACUCAACUUGUCUUCGUUGAGAGGAGAGAACAGCACAGUGUUUGGCUGUCUGAACCACGGCGUGCCCCUGUUCCUGAAAGACAACUCCUCUGUCAAAUGUGAAUCAGAUUCCGUAUCAGGCUUCCUGUUGUCAGUAAACUCCAGCUCCAACAUUACUAAACUGAGGAUCCCCUACCCCCAGACUGGCACCUGGUACCUCAGCCUGAGAUCCCUCUGUGCCACCGAACAUGGGUUUGAGCCAUGUUCCAACAUGACAGCGGAGGUGUACCUGCGCUCCUACCUGACCCCCUGCAUCAAUGACUGUGGGACCUACGGACAGUGCAAACUGCUACGUACUAACAACUAUCUGUACGCUGCCUGCGAGUGCAAAGCAGGCUGGGACGGCUGGGGCUGUACAGACCCCUCAGAGGCGUAUUCCUAUAGUUUCCAGCUCCUGUCCACCUUGCUGCUCUGCCUCAGUAACCUGAUGUUCGUUCCUCCUGUGGUGAUCGCUGUCCGCGGCCACUACCUUCUGGAGGCCUCUGUGUACAUCUUCACCAUGUUCUUUUCUACUUUCUACCAUGCGUGUGACCAGCCUGGUAUCGUGGUGUUCUGUAUCAUGGAAUACGAUGUUCUCCAGUUCUGUGACUUUCUGGGUUCCCUCAUGUCUGUCUGGGUCACCGUCAUCUCUAUGGCCCGGCUCAAGUCUAUCAUCAAACAGGUGCUGUAUUUACUCGGGGCCAUGACUCUCUCCAUGGCUCUCCAGUUGGACCGUCACGGCCUGUGGAACCUCCUGGGACCGUCCCUCUUCGCCCUGGGCAUCAUGGCUGUAGCCUGGACGGUGCGUACAGUGCGACGGCGGCGAUGUUACCCUCCGACCUGGAAGCGCUGGGCGUUCUUUCUGUUCCCGGGGACGAUGAUAGCGGUUUCAGCCGUGGCUCUCUAUGCCUUCGUGGAGACAGAGGACAACUACUUCUACAUACACUCUAUCUGGCACAUGCUGAUCGCCGGCAGCGUGGGCUUCCUGCUCCCUCCCCGCGCCAAGCCCCGCACCAAGCUCACACCUCUGAAACGUCGGAGGGGGUGUGGCUACCAGCUGUGCGUCAACGAGCACGAGGAGAUGGGAUUGGUGGACCCAGUCCCUGCCAUAGUCGCUAUCAAUAGUAUUAGUAUCAGCUGA